GGCGCUGUUGCCUAACACCGGACAAGAUGGCGACCAGCAAUGGUGGAGGAAUGGAAGUGGAUGGGGCAGCGAGCCCCAGUGUCAUGGCCUCAGGGGUCACUGGGAGCGUUUCUGUGGCCUUACACCCUCUGGUUAUUCUCAACAUAUCUGACCACUGGAUACGUAUUCGCUCUCAGGAGGGACGACCAAUGCAGGUGAUUGGAGCUCUGAUCGGAAAACAGGAGGGUAGAAACAUCGAAGUGAUGAACUCCUUCGAACUCAUGUCUCACACCAUAGAUGACAAAGUGCACAUUGACAAGGAGUACUACUACACCAAGGAGGAACAAUUUAAACAGGUCUUCAAAGACAUGGAGUUUUUGGGCUGGUAUACCACAGGUGGACCCCCAGACCAGUCGGAUAUCCACAUCCACAAACAGGUGUGUGAGAUCAUCGAGAGCCCCCUCUUCCUGAAGCUCAACCCAAUGACCAAACACACCGACCUUCCUGUUAGCGUUUAUGAAUCCGUUAUUGACAUCAUCAGCGGAGAGGCUACCAUGUUGUUUGCUGAGCUGACGUACACUUUAGCCACAGAGGAAGCGGAGAGAAUUGGCGUAGACCACGUAGCUCGAAUGACAGCCACCGGCACCGGAGAAAACUCAACCGUGGCUGAACAUCUUAUAGCUCAGCACAGUGCGAUAAAGAUGCUCCACAGCCGAGUGAAGAUCAUCCUAGAAUACGUCAAAGCCGUAGAAACAGGUGAGGUGCCAUUUAAUCACGAGAUCCUCCGUGAAGCAAACGCCCUGUGCCACAGACUGCCGGUCCUCAGCACCAUAAAGUUCAAAACUGACUUCUAUGAUCAAUGUAAUGACGUCGGCCUCAUGGCGUAUCUAGGAACCAUCACCAAGACCUGCAACAGUAUGAACCAGUUCAUUAACAAGUUCAACGUCCUGUACGACAGACAGGGCAUCGGCCGGAGGAUGAGAGGACUUUUCUUUUGAGCGGACAGGAAGCUGAAACAGAGAGGCAAACACACAAACUGCAUUUUUUUUUUCCUGUUUUAUUCUCUUUUUUGUUGUUUUGGUUGUAUUUUCAUGAGCUAAAAGAAACUUUUAAAGUAACUGCAGCUUUUCAACACCGAUGUACCAUUUUCAGCCACGAGUGUAUCCACAUGCACUUCAUGACAUGAAUCCGUAGGCGAUCCGUACGAACUCCUUCUACUCUCUGGGUUUGCACAGCAGUGAGAUCACUGUACAUGGACGUUAUCUUAUUUUACCCAGUUUGUUUGUUUCAUGUUUCUGUGUAAUAAAUGAUC